AUGGUGCGAUUACUCCAAUCCAUGGAGCCGCUGGUGCACUCGGCGCUUGAUGCCAACCUGGCCUGCGACAUCUGCGCUGAGGAGCUUGAUGAGGAGCUGCCCGGGCUGCCCGAGGCAUCGGGCCUGGGCAGUGGGCGGCACCCCCCCUCCAUCUUGGCCAGCCUACGCAGCGGCCUGCGCGGCGCAGUGCUCCAUCUGGAGUGGCACCCCUCCUUCCCAGGCCACCUCCUGGCCGUGCACGCAGGGGCAGAGCCUGGGUCCGAGCCAGGGGAGGCCGCCACCCUGGCGGCAUGGGACACCGUCGCCCCGCUGCACCCCCGCUGGACCGCCGCCCUCCCCGCCAGGGUGACCGCCGCCUCGCGCUGCCCCCUGGAUCCACGCCCACUGGCCCUGGCAUGUGAGUACGGCGAGGUGGGCGUUUGGGCCGCGGACCCGCGCGCCUCGCCUGGCUGCGCGCCCGCCCUCUUGGUGGGGCCGGCCUGCCAGGCGGCGCCCUGCACCUGCAUGGCCUGGCUGCCCGGGGUGGCGGCAGGGAGGGGCCAGCUGGUGGCUGCCGGCGCCGAGCCGGCCUGCUCGCUGUUCGCCACGGGGGCGCUGGACGGGAGCGUCGCGGCCCUGCCCCAGCCGGGGACGAUGCUGGUGGGGUGCUUGGAGGGCAGCCUGGCCCUGGUCUCGCCCGGACCCACCGAGGUGGGCGGCGAGGCGGCCACAGUCACCGAGCUGCCCCCCGCCGCACAGGCAGCUCAGGCCACCUUGGCAGCCCACGCUUCCCCCCUGGGCGCCAUCGUGGCCAUGACCCUGCAUCCAGAACUUCCGGGCUUAAUCCUCAUUGUCGGUGGGCUGGGGUGGGGCCUGUGCCAGCCGUCGAGCCUCGAGGACCUGCCACCCUUCUUCCUCAGCCCCUCGGCCCCCGCCGCCCACACCUGCGGCCGCUGGAGCCCGACCAGGCCAGCGGUGCUGUGCCUCGGGAGGGCGGACGGCCUCAUGGAGGUGUGGGACCUUCUCCGGGGGCAGAGCUGCCCGGUCCAAACCCUCCAAGUCACAGACACGGCUGUGACGUCGCUGGAGUUUGAUCCCGCUCAGCAGGGCCAGGUGGGCGCGGAGGAGGCAGGGUGA